UAAUAAUAAUAAUAGUAAUGAACACAGAUUACGUUUUUAUCGUUGAAGGACGUAAUCUGUACUGCGGUUUGGUGAACAAUACGAACUAUGCAUAACAAUAAUAAUUGUUGCCGGUUCGGAGCACGCGGAGACCCGAAACGAACGGCGAACGCAAACGAUAUUCGCAAAUCGGUUUACGGAACGCGCAUGAGACGGUACCGCCAUUUGCGUGUCCGCUUCGUCCGUUCGGGCGGCCGCGAGCGGAGGAGCUGACCGUAAAGCUCCCGGACGGUUAUUAUAAAUAGAAGAAAACCAAUUACGUCACGCUCUCGCGUUCCGCCCUCCCGUCCGUUAUCGUUUCGCUCUCCAUCUCCCGACAUUUACCGACGCCGUCGUCGCCCGUAACAUUUGAUUUUCCGGCUCUCGGCGGUGGUACAAUCGCAAACGUCGUUCGACUUCAUCCGACUUCGACCCGCCGUCUGGAGUUCUUUUCGUGGGCGAGUUGGAUACCGGCCGUCGCGCCACCGUUUAACGUUCGCUCUGACGACGAGCUUGCGCCGCCGCGACUAAUGCGACCUUUGCGGCCUUCGUCCAGCCAUGUCGAAAAUGAAAAACACGAGCAGCGCCGGUCAACGGCUGGAGUACUAUCACAAAGUGGUCCACAACAUCAUACUGUGCCAUCAAAAUCCAGUUACUGGCCUAUUUCCAGCUAGCCCUACCGAUUCACAUGCAUGGAUCCGAGACAAUGUGUAUACAGUUUUAGCUGUAUGGGGUUUAUCAAUGGCUUGUAAAAAAAUGGCCGAUAUGGAUGAAGAUCGUGCAAAAACUUAUGAACUUGAACAGAGUUGUGUUAAAUUAAUGCGUGGAUUGUUAAUGGCUAUGAUGCAGCAAAAAGAUAAAAUUGAGUUAUUUAAAGUUUCACAAAAUCCUCUACAUUCAUUGCAUGCUAAAUAUAGUUCAUCAACUGGUCAAACAGUUGUAAGUGAUAAUGAAUGGGGACAUUUACAAAUUGAUGCUAUAUCAUUGUAUUUGCUUAUAUUGGCGCAGAUGACAGCAUCAGGUCUUCAAAUUGUUUUCAACUUGGAUGAAGUGUCUUUUGUUCAGAACUUAGUAUUUUAUAUUGAGUCAGCAUAUUGUAUACCUGAUUAUGGUGUGUGGGAACGUGGUGAUAAAUCAAAUCAUGGUCUGCCUGAACUUAAUGCCAGUAGUAUAGGAAUGGCCAAAGCUGCCCUGGAAGCUAUGAAUGAUUUGGAUUUAUUUGGAGCUCGAGGUGGACCAUUUUCAGUAAUACAUAUACUGUCUGAUGAAGCACAAAAAUGUCAUGCAGUGUUACAAUCGAUGUUACCCAGAGAAUCAAAUUCAAAAGAAUUAGACAGUAGCCUCUUGUCAAUUAUUAGUUUUCCAGCUUUUUCAGUUGAUGAUCCACAGUUGAUUCAGCUUACAAGAAAUGCUAUUGUUUCAAAUUUGAUGGGAAAAUAUGGUUGCAAACGAUUUUUAAGAGAUGGCCAUAAAACUCCACGUGAAGAUCCUAAUAGACUUCAUUAUGAUCUUCAUGAACUGAGAGUGUUCGAAAAAAUUGAAUGUGAAUGGCCACUAUUUUAUUGCUAUCUUAUAUUAGAUUAUUGUUUUCAAAACGACAUGGAGACUGCUAAUCAAUAUGUUGAUGCUUUAGAAAAGGUAAUGAUUAAUUCUGAAGAAAAUAUAAAAUUAGUUCCUGAAUUGUAUGCACUCAAAAAUGAAAAUAUAAAAGCAGAAAUUGAAAAUCCAGGUAGUCAAAGUCGAGUAGCAUUAGGAAGAUGUCCUUUUCUAUGGGCACAAUCCCUUUAUAUGCUUGGAAAACUUUUACAAGAAAACUUUCUUGCUGUGGGUGAAUUAGAUCCACUAAAUAGAAGACUUUGUUUAGAAAAAAAACCAGAUGUUGUUGUACAAGUUGUUGUUUUGGCAGAAGACAAUACUAUUCGUGAUUUACUUCUUCAACAUGAUAUUGUUGUUCAAACUAUAAGUGAGGUUUCACCUAUUGAAGUUCAACCAUCAACCGUUCUUAGUCAUCUUUAUACAUACUUGGGUCGAAAUGAAAAACUUGGACUGUCUGGACGAAAAUCACGUGAUGUAGGAAUUUUAAGUACCAGCAAAUUGUACACUCUACAAGAUCGAAUAUUUGCCUUCACACCACAGAUUACAGAUCGCCAUCGAUAUUACAUUGCAUCUGACAAUAAUUUGAUGAUAGAUUUAUUUAAGAACGAAAUUAACUUCUUAAAAUCUAGUUGGCAAAAUUUAUUAGGCCGGCCCACAGUUGUUAUUGUAAUAAAAAAACUUCAUUAUGAUCAAGGUAAAAUUCCACUAGCUAUGAUAACAACAAUAAAAAAAUUAAAAAGUGGUUACAUUAAUGGAACUCGAGUAACAUUGGGUAACCUCAAUGGCUUCCUUAGUACUUCUUGUGUUACGAAUCUUAGUUUCUUAGGUAGUCAAGAAAUUGGAAUGCCAUAUAAACUUAAUACGGAAGUUGAGCAAUACUUAGAUCAACAUAUUGUCAAAAGUUUUACAAAUCAAUCUACUCUACUGACACGUAUGCCUAAUAAAAACACGAAAGUAAAACGAAAAAUGUCUGUCAAAGGAGCUAUUAAAAAAACAAGAUCUUUUAUGCUCGAUGCCGAAGAACGGCGUGUUCAAGUAGCUGAAACACAAACUGCUUUAAAUGUAUUGGAACAAAGAAGUCCAUCUCCUGAAAAUAAUUCAUUGGUGACAGCUAAAAAAGAACAUCAUCGACCACGACUUCAUAGUCGAUUUAAGGCAAGUUCAGAAUUGUUGUAUGCUGAAGCCGAAUUAGAAGGCAUUUUGUCCAUGUUAAGUGAGUCAGACUUAUUAGAAGAAAAAGGAGAUAUUUUACAAUACUUAGUAGAUACAUAUGGUUUAGAAUAUGAUACAGGAAUGAAAGAGGAUGGUAAACCAGUUUUAGUUAAAGACUUGUUAAAGUUACUUUAUGAAAAAGCAUGUCAACAAAAUCUUUGGGGAUUAGUCAGACAUACAGCAGGCAUGUUAGGAAAGCGCGUGGAAGAUUUAGCCAAGGCUUUAACAGAUCUUUUGGUUCGCCAAAAACAGGUAACUAUCGGUAUGCCCCCAUUUAAUGAACAUACAAUAUCAACACCAUUACCUGAAGGUGAACUUCGACAAGUAAUUCACGAUGCGUAUGGAGAUGAUGAGAGUACAGCUAUGUUAACACAAGAACUUUUAGUUUAUUUAGCUAUGUUCGUACGAACCGAACCACAGCUGUUUUUGGAAAUGUUAAGACUUCGUGUUGGUUUAAUCAUUCAAGUUAUGGCUGGUGAAUUAUCUAGAACGCUAAACUGUUCGGGAGAAGAAGGUUCUGAACAUUUAUUUAAUUUAUCACCGUUUGAAAUGAAAAAUUUACUACACCAUAUCAUGAGUGGAAAGGAAUUUAUAUUGAGUAGUGUCGGACGAGGUAAUUUUUCAGUAAUUAGUUACAAGUCAAGCCAUGUCAGCAAGAAAAGCCAAAUUGGAGGGCUUUUAUUAGCUGACAAGGUAGAUGUGAGUAAUGAAGUACUGGAAAGUGAUCGACAAGGCCAAUGGUUACGUCGCAGGCGUUUAGAUGGAGCACUAAACAGAGUUCCUCGAGAAUUUUAUAAACGUGUUUGGAUUAUCUUGGAAAAAUGUUGUGGAAUAGCAAUUGAUGGAAAACUUUUAUCGCAAAAUCUUACUCAAGAGAUGACUUCUGGCGAAUUGAAAUUCGCAUUAGCUGUAGAAACUGUAUUGAACUGGAUCCCACAUCCAGAGUAUCGGCAAUUGAUAGUUGAAACGUUGAUGAUAUUUGCAUUGUAUGCUGAAAAUGAAAUUUCACCAAGGCCCUCCCAAGAAAUUAUAACAAUUGAAGAUUUUGUACAUAAAGCAAACGAAUUAUUUCUACAAGAUCAGAUGGCUGUUAAUGGAGAUGCUACUCUCUGUUGUGCGAAAAUGCAUAAAGAAAUGACUCAAUCUGGUACACUCCUAUGUGGAGGAGCGUCAUAUAUUUGUCAACAUUUCUAUGACAGUGCUCCUAGUGGUAGCUAUGGAACCAUGUCAUAUAUUAUCAGAGCAAUCGCUUCAAUCUUGGAAGCAUCCCUUGGACUAACUGAUGUUGACUGUUCCAUUUCAUAAUUCAUUGGAUUUUAUUCUAUUACUCUCUUAAUUUUUUAUAGUGUGAAAUAAUUAUUGCUAGUUGUUUUUAUUUUUAGUUAUAAUCAAGUAAU